GUGGUCCCCAAGCUCAAAUCAACACCCAAAGUCCUCGGACUUGUUAGCGACCCGUCGUUGAAUCGGGACUCUCUGGGGUCCACGACGGUAGCAGGGCGGACAUUAUGGACGGCGAGGGAUACCCAGCUUUUCAAUCCCGAUGGACAUCUGCAAAAGUUUCCUGUAUACGCCAGCACAGCUAGCUGGUCAAAUCUUAUUCCGGAGGGUGGACCGUUGCUGACACCUCUUCCUCCAGGGGGUGACGAGCUUCAUAGCACGGUGUUGGAGUUAUAUGGCAGAAACUCACUGGAUCAAAACGAGCCCUAUUUCCCUUAUUCUACUACAAAUGAGUCCUGUACGGCACCCGCUGGCUCGUGUCCAGACGAGAGUAGAUAUGCGUUAUGGCCGGAUCUGCCACCACUCGUAACAUCGAUCCAAGACAACAGGGUUACAGCUUAUACAUGGAUCAGAAAGUUUCACAUCCAGCCUGACCUAAGCGUCCUGUAUCCGAAUCCUGCUACGCUCUUGUAUCGCCUCGACUUCGAAUCAGAUUCGUCAGAUACCACGUCCCUGCCAAAAGUGACUACCGUUGACUCAGACUUCUGGGACAUCGACGAGAUCCCAUAUGGUGACUAUGGCAAUUUUGUUCACGAUGGUACCGCAUAUCUAUACGCACAAGCGAAUGGCUCGACCUCCCUGGCCAGAGUCCCUGCCUCGCAAAUUGAAACCAAAUCCGCUUACGAGUACUGGGUCAAUGGAUCAUGGACGUCCCAAAGGCCUACAAUCGACUCUGAUGGUAUCAAUAUCUCCAAUUGUAACGCUGGUGGGCAGGGGACAUACUAUUACUCCAAGCCAUGGAAUUCAUUCGUCUGGAUUGGCGGGGAUAGAGGCGUCAGCGCUGAAGUCUACGUCACGACUGCUCCGGAUCCAACAGGACCGUGGAUCGAACCCAUACACUUAUACACAGGUAUCAAUGGAAAUUACUUCUUGGCCUCGUACUCCAUCCAGGCACAUCCUGGGCUGACAAGCGACCUUACAAAUGCUAUCUAUAUUACAUACACGAAGAACGACUUGGAUAAGGAUGGAAACAAUCUGUAUAGCACGCCCCUUGUGCUUUUUGAGUGGGAAUAG